AUUUAGGUAAAAUUCAACUGCCUGCAAGCUGGCGAUGUUAAGGUAAAGUAGCAAAAGUUAUAUCGCACAGACAAAACUCUCUCCCAUUUUAAGUUCAUACAUUUGGUUCAAAGUAGUGGAAAACAUUAGAUUGUAGAUUCCUCCACUCACAUUUCAAAUGACCCAUUCUUGGUGUAAAUCGCCAAAGUACUUUCUCAAGCUCCUUAGCCACGAAGUGUAUACUCUUUAUACACAGAUCCACGCCUCAUCCAACCCCACUGUUGAUAAAAUUUAUUGCCAUCUGAUGCUAUUUGAUGGCAAAAUAAGCAAUUUAUAACCUCCCAUGCAGCUUUGCUCACCUCUCUUUCUUUCUAAGCAGUCUCUUCGGUCAAAAUACUCUCUCUCUCUCUGCUGUCAAGCCUUCAACAUCAAGACGAACGAACACCAAAACCAACACAGCGGAAUGUAUUCAUACUCCAGAUGUGGACAUCAAGAUGAACGCGACGCCUCUGUUCCUGGCCGCCAUUAUCGCCCAACUUGGGACGUGCUUUGCCGCAGCAUUCCAAAAGACCAGCUCCUCGCCUACAACUCCACCAAAGGCAUCCUGCAAAUCCAAGAGCAAGAACCCGGCAGCGAAGAGAGAAAGGUAGAUGACGGCAGCAUCGUCUUGUGCAUCAGCGGUCGGUGCCGACGGCCUGGAGUCCGCGGCGCUCGAGCCGGCUGGGGCAUCUACUUCGGCCCUGGAUCUCCCCACAACGCGAGCGGUCCCCUGGAUCCUGAUCUUCCGCAGACGGAGACUAGGGCCGAGAUCGAGGCUCUAUCACGGGCCAUGAGGGUCGUAAAGGACACGAUCAUCUCUGACGGAUUUCACCCUCGAAGGUGUUUCAUCAAGACGCACUCGCUGUAUAUCCAGCAGGUGUUUCCAGGCCUCGUCCGCCGCUGGGCCGCAGCCGCUGGGAGGAACAUCUAUGGAGAGAAGGUGAUGUACUUCCAGCUGCUCAUGGAUAUUGAGAGUUUGAUGCGAGACGUGGGCAAUACGGGUGAAGAUGAAGAAGGGGGUACGAAUGUCUUGAUUUGGUGCGCCGCGACAGAGGAGAAUCGGGAGGCGGAUGAGCUCGCGGUCCUAGCCAUUCUCUAGGCCGAAUGAAGGGGGGCUAUGUGGAAAAGAGAUGGCAGAUGUUAGUUUGAAUAUAAAGAUGCUUUAUAGUUGCUGUUCAUGUACAUCGUGUUCAUGUACAUCAUUCGUUUGGGGUAAGG